GCUGGAUGUCAACUUUCUUGUUGAGGAUCAUGAAACAGGGCGUGAGUGCCUAUAAAUUCAUCAAAGAGUAAUUCUUAUCACAAAGAAAAUAAUUUGACAGCAAUAGACCCUGUCAUCAUUUAUUUUAGAGCACCAGUCUGAGCAUCUGAGGUUCAAAUUUGGCUAAUCCAGUUUCAAUUCAGAGAAAUGUUUAUUUUGAGAUGUUCAACAUUUUUCUCAAAACAUAGACGUUAAAUUAACCAACAUACCCCCACCCCCCAACCGCACCCAUAUCCUUUUUGGUGAGUUAAGUUUUCAAUGUGUCCUCAGUGGUUGAAGUAAUGGUUAAUCCUAUACAUGGUUAAACCAGGGUCACCUCUAUAUAUUUUGUGCCACUCCACAAGCAGCAAAUAGUUAUUGGGUAGAAUGUAAAAGAGAGUUGAAAUUAAUUGAAGAACUUGCUAGUUAUUGAAAAUGUUUGUUAUGUUUGUUACAGCAAUGUGUACCUAUCUUUGUGUUUAUAAGAAAUUGAGUUUUAAAAAUUGAUUCAGAGUAAUGCCUUUUGAUUUUAAUUUAGUUAGAUUUAGUGUAACUAUCCCUCAUGCCCUAGUUGCACAGUUUCUGUUGAUCUGAUUCACUUGCUAACUAAUUUAAAUCAAAAUAUAACUAAUUUAGAAAAUGUGAUUCUAGAUUUUUAAAAAAUCAUUUUUGUUUAAUAACGUACAAUUUUUGGACAAAAAAAUUGUUUGAAUUAGAUACUAUUUGCAUAUAUGCAACUAUUUGCCUGAACAAUUUUCAAAUAAUGGAUAUCCUGUCAUGGCAAAACGGUGAUUUUGAUUUCUGAUAUUGCUUUAGGAAAUAAUAAAUAAUUAAUUUUUUGUUGGAGAUGCAGAUAGGUUAUUUUAAAUUAUACAUUACAAUAAAAUUAAAAUAUAGAAUAUUUUAAUUAUACAUUAGAAUAUAAUUAAAAUAUAGAAUGCAGAUUAAACUUUCAACUUUUUUUUAUCUUCUUUCAGAUGGAAAAUCAUUGGUACAUUCAAUGCAGGUAUGGACAUUUCUAACUUUUAAUAUUUGUAAAUCAUAAUUUAUAUUUGUCCAGACUUAGAUUUUCAUGUAAAGUUUCCAAACAAAUUUGUGGUUUGUCAGUUUUUCUUUCAGUUGUUAACAGAGUUUUUUUCUUCCUUGCAGGUCCAUUACAUACAUGAGCUUGUCCAGUCCAGGCUGUUGCAUGUAGACCACCCUUUGCAUGAUCUCUACAAAGUAUUACGUAUCCUUCAUUGUCAUUUAAUCUCAUGUUAUAAACUGUUCAGUGUCAGCCUGUUAUAGUAAUGGAAAAAGCCUAGACCAUCAGUUAGAUAUAAUUUUUCUGAAAAUUAUGAAUGUGAACAUUUUAGUUUGUUUUUCCAUUUCAAAUGACAUGACGCUUAAAUUUCAGCAUUUUGUUUUUACAGUAGCUUAUAAAGGUCAACAAAAAUGUGUGACAUAGCAGUCAACUUCACUAACUAGUGAAAUGAUUAUCAAAACUACACAAUAAAUGGUUGUAUAGCAAAACUAUCAAGAUUUUUUUGAGAUGGUGUUGUUGCAUUCUGUAUCAAAAUCAAUUUAAGUAUCAAAAAAAUAUUCUUAACACUUGCCCAGACUCAUUUUGUCAGUCACUGCAGCUUGAAGUCCUUCAUUCUCAAGUAAGUUUUAUUUUCAAAGUUUGUUCUGUUUCCCCCAAUACCAAAGAAGUACAAUGUAUAUACAUGGACAAAACAUGUCAGACAAUUAUUUCUUCCUCUGUCAUCUGUCUGUCACAAUGUGACAAUGGUGUACACUUCGCAGGACAAAAUAUCAAGGCCUGAGAUUUUUCUUUAGGUGUUGAGCCGGUUCCCUAGCCAGCCAAUCACCUCUCUCCAUGCAUCCGGAUAACCAAAGGGUUAUCAUCAUGUGGGAAUGAUACAACUAAGCACAAGGAACGUCGCAGGAGUUAUCAUUAAGUUUAUGUCAUUCUGCGUAAGGGACUACAUCUCCAGGUUUGAAUUCAGAGUUUUCUUUAUCUGAGAUGAGUUGCCACCCAAAGUAAAGGGGUGCUUGGGGAUGGUUUUGGUUGUCUAGGCUUUUGCUGGCGAUUGAAGUCCAGUCCACAAGAUUGGGAUUGACUCAGUUUAGACAACUUGGCCACCCUGUGUAUAUUUCUCAUUGUUACGACUUGAAUGCCGACCUCCCGUAUUUCUCUUAUAGUUAUUCAUUCUAUUGAGGAGGUGAACCUUGAGUGACAGACUUCAUUUCAACCUCUGAGCUUGGUGUGGGAUUACAUGUCUUUGCCAUGAUAGCUGUAGUCCUACAACUUAACAUACAAUGGCUGGAAUAAGUCUGGAAAUUAAAAACACAUUAUUUAGUUGGUUAUUUUGAUGUUUGUAUGUAGACUAAUCAUUUUUUGUUAAUAUUUCACCAAAGCUUCAUAUUGGACCAUAAAAAAACAAUAUUUUGUUAUGUUUAUUAACAUAAAACAGGCCCAGAGGCUGAUGAAUGACAGGCUGAGGGACAGCAUUUGUAUUGUUGAGUACUCACUCAGCAAGUCUUUGUCAAUAUCAUAUUGGAGGUUUGUACUGUACAACUUAAAUGUAAAAUUAAAGUCAAAGCAAGAGAACUUUCAGAGAUCGUGAUUGUUUAAAAAAAAUUAUUGAUUGUUUGUAGUCUUUAAAUACUAAUUAGAUAUUAGGUAUGUAGUUAAUUUUUUUUUUUUUUUUUUUAUGAUUAAACUGUGAUCUUUGAAGCUCUGAGGUAAAAUGGCAGUUUUCCUUAUUAAUUGUAUACACCAUAAAAAUAGCAUAAGUAAUAAUAAUUAGCUGUAAACACUUAUUUUUGUAUGCUUCAAGGGCUCAUUGGUCUAUAAAAAAAAUUAAUCUCUGGUGUUAAGUGUGAGCCUGAAAAUUUUCUUUUCAAUGUUUUCAAUGUUAGUAAGUUAAUGUUGAAGUUGAUUUUUGAUUUGGUUUGUUUGCCAUUUAUUCUAGAGAUCAGCAGAAAAAGAGGCAGAACAUGGAACAUUUUCCAAGUUAGUUCAUUAGUUCAUAUUUAAGCAUUUACAUUAAGGAUGUAAAACCAGAUUUCAGAUUUUUUACUGAUAACCAGUUUUCCUACAAAAAUAACGGUAUUAGUUUCCUUAAUUUUAAUACCAAAGGAGUGUUGAAUUCAUCUUUUGUUCAAUGAGAUAAACUCUUUAAAAGCAUAAUCGUUCUUCAUCAGUUAUAGAUGAAAAUAUAUUUGUAUAAUUAUCUUAGGAAUAAUGAAAUCAUUUAAUCAGGACCGCUAAUUCUCACUUCGAAUUUUACAGUUGUGAUUUUUAAAAGAUAUAUCAAAUUUAGCUCAUAAUUGUUUUUUGUAAAACUGUUAUAUUUCUUUCUUUGCUACCAAACUAUGUUAGUUUACAAACUGAGUGUUCACGUGAGUGAAGAAGAUGAAGGCAAACCUCUACAGAUCUCCCACACACCUCCCAUGACACCUAUUGAAAGUAGAAAAGUUGGACUUGCAAUCAAGGUACAUCAUUUACUGGGCUAUUUUGGUUUCACCUAGUCACAGUUACUAACCAUUUACAUAAACUUUUAUUUUCUUUCUCAAAAUGCUCUAUGAUUUGUUUAAAUUUACAUUUCUCUUAAUUUCAAAAUGGUGGGGAUUCCAAAUUUCAUUUAACUGCUAAAUUACACUUUGAAAAAUACAGUUUUGGUCAUUGACUUUAUUCAAAACUGUCAAAAUAAUAUUUAUAAAUAAAUGUUUAUUCCCUGAGGGUUGUUAGAUGAAAUUAUUAUUGAUCAUUUCUUCUGCUAUUGUCCAUGGGUCAGUGAGCAGAGUGAAAAGGAAAAUCUGCGGGGAAUGAAGGCUCUAUAACAAUAUAAAUUAAUUUGAAUAAAGAUGUGACCAAACAUUGGCAGCUAACAUCGCCCUUUAACUGCUGUGGUCCGAAUAAAAGAUCAGUUUUGAAUAUGAAAUGAACUAUUAAUUACCAGAUUUAAUUGUUGGUUUUUAUACAAAAUACUAUUUUAGAGUGAUCAUCUGUCCAUAGAGAAGUUACUCAUGCAGACCAUUGAAGUCAGAACUCACUCCAAGUUAAAGGUAGGGGCUAAGAGUUCCUGUACCACUAUAGGUAGCUAAUAGUUUCUGUACCACUAUAGUAAGCUAAUAGUGUCUGUACCACUGUAGUUAGCAAAUACUUUCUGUACCACUAUAGUUAGCUAAUAGUUUCUGUACCACUAUAGUUAGCCAAUAGUUAAGUUUUUGUAGCUACAUAUAUAUAAUUUUUUUGCUCAUGUAUUUAUCAUUUCACUGUUUGUAUGGUUAGUUAAAUGUUUUGACAUUUUUAAAACAGGAACUGGCUAGAGAAAUGCAGAGAGUUAUUGAUGGCAAAUGUAAGUAAAACACUAUCAUUUACUCGCAAAACUCUUGUUUGCUAACUAACAGAAAUACUUAAGAUCAGGCCCAAAAUUAAAACAGACAAAAUUGUUUUCUUUAUCAUAUAAAAGAAUACUAUGUUUAAAAUGGGCUGCAAUAUUGAUUGUUAUAUGUAAUGGUUAAAAAUAUAUGAGUGUUAUAUAUAAGGCUUAAAAAUAUAUGACCAUCCUACCCACCAGGUGAAGUCAGAGAUAUGCCGGUUGCCCUUCAUGUCAGUGUACUAAAUCCUUGCAUGUCAUCAGAAGUCUUGAGAAUCUCUAUAGAUGUCCAAACAGGAUCUUACAUGGCCUCCGUGCCAUCAUGUGGUACGUUUUUUCUACUAAAUUGUUCUCGGUUGCUUGUUUUAAAAUGAAAGUCAGAUUUUGGGCAGGUGGGGUCAUAGUGUCUCGGCCAAUGUUAAAUAUUUCUUCAUAAAAAAAAAACAAAAACCCUGUAUCAGUCCCCCUCUUGCCUUUUAAGAAUAGCAGAAAUUGAUAGCCUAAUGGAGCUAAUAGUUACAGGAAUGACACAAGCAGAAAUUGAUAGCCUAAUGGAGCUAAUAGUUACAGGAAUGACAAAAGCAGAAAUUGAUAGCCUAAUGGAGCUAAUAGUUACAGGAAUGACACAAGCAGAAAUUGAUAGCCUAAUGGAGCUAAUAGUUACAGGAAUGACAAAAGCAGAAAUUGAUAGCCUAAUGGAGCUAAUAGUUACAGGAAUGACACAAGCAGAAAUUGAUAGCCUAAUGGAGCUAAUAGUUACAGGAAUGACAAAAGCAGAAAUUGAUAGCCUAAUGGAGCUAAUAGUUACAGGAAUGACACAAGCAGAAAUUGAUAGCCUAAUGGAGCUAAUAGUUACAGGAAUGACAAAAGCAGAAAUUGAUAGCCUAAUGGAGCUAAUAGUUACAGGAAUGACACAAGCAGAAAUUGAUAGCCUAAUGGAGCUAAUAGUUACAGGAAUGACAAAAGCAGAAAUUGAUAGCCUAAUGGAGCUAAUAGUUACAGGAAUGACACAAGCAGAAAUUGAUAGCCUAAUGGAGCUAAUAGUUACAGGAAUGACAAAAGCAGAAAUUGAUAGCCUAAUGGAGCUAAUAGUUACAGGAAUGACACAAGCAGAAAUUGAUAGCCUAAUGGAGCUAAUAGUUACAGGAAUGCCACUACUCAAGUGUAGUAAGAGAACUUCAAGUGCUAAUUUAAAUAGACAAAUACACUGAAUUAACAUGGGUUUCUGUCUGCUUUUUGGACAACAAUCCCACGCAACACAAAAUCAGUAGAUUGAAACAGAAGGGAAAGAGCAUUUUAAAAAUAAUUUAUUUUUAAAAAAAAAGUAAACUGUAUAAUAGUUAUUGCAAUAACGUAUGAGAUUAGUAAAAGACUUAGCUAAUUUAUUAGUGUACUAGGUAAAGUUAGUUUCAAUAUUGCCGGUAAUGACUGAAGUUACUUUUUAUCAUGAUAAAAUUAAGUUAAGAGUUUUGGUGAAUCUUUAAGUGAAUAAAAAAAGAAAUGAGUUUAUUGUGUUCAUAUUUUAGAACGCUCAGCUGUCCAGGGCAUAGAAGACAGUUUGAAUGGAGAACACAGGGGAAUGGAAAAGCUUCUCAUGAAACUGAAGUAAGUCUUUUUUGGGUUUGAAACCGAUGGAUUGAAUGAGCAUGAACAUUAAUGUCUUGUGUCCUUGUCAUUGUUUUAAAAUUGAUAAAUCUAACCCGGCAUCUCAUCACACUGUGGUAUUUUCUAAGCCCUAUACACAGCUAACAGGCCUGAGACAUCAGACCAAUCAAGCUAUCACUUCUUGUGUUUUUUUUUUUAAAAAAGUGGAUUUCUAUUGGGAAGUUGUUUUUUUUUUUAAAUGAAAUAUUUUUUAAAUAUUUAUUUUUAAGGAAUUAUGAAAUACUAACUGGGGAAACCCAACCAUGCUGCUCAUGUAAAAAAUUUAUGGGAAGGGGUGCAAAGUUCUCUAAUAAUAAUUCCAGAUGACCCUCCAUAAAUACACCAAUGCUUAGUUGUAGUGUCUCUAUAUAGAGUGGGUAGAGACAAGUACUGGUGCUGUUUUCAAUGAGCAUAGCAAUAAGCGUACAAAAUAAGUAAGUGUAGGAAAUCAAUUACCAUGAUUACCGUGUAUAUCCCAUGACUGUUCAAACCCUUUCUAUGAGUGUAUGAAGUCAGUACCAUAAGUCAAUACCAGUCAGAGCUCACAGCAACCUAAAAACCCUAAGUCAGUACGAAGUGGCUAUUCGGACCUGAGAAGUGAGAGGUUGGGAUUAAAAUUGUAAAAAAUAUAUUAGUGUUAGGUUCUAAGACGAAAUUUUGCUUCUAAUGAAAGAUAAUUGAUUGGACUAUAUGAAUGUAAACUUACUUCUUCAGUUUAACUAAAAUAAACUACCACCAAUGACAUCCAAAUAGCAUUGAGUCUAAAGGAACCCGGGUCCGAAUCGGGGCGCUGCGUGUCAGGGUCCAUUUUGACUAAAUGCUAUUCGGAUGUCAUUUGUUGUAGUUUAUUUUAAUUAAACUGAAGAAGCAAGUUUACAAAAAAUAUAGUCCAUUCAAUUAUCUUUCAUUUGAUACCUUAUUUUGUCUUACAAACCCUACAAUAAUUUUUUAAUAUUUUUUAAUAAACCCAAAAUCUCACUUCUCGGACCUGGGUCCGAAUAGCCGCAGCCAAGUCAGUAUGCAUAUGAAAUGUACAAGCUGCUUUUCAUCUCUUAAGCCAGGCCUGCAUAACAUACGGCCCGCCAGCACCCACUUUGCGGCCGCCGAAGUAACGAAAUAUUCUUUAUUCUUAUUAUUUACUUAGUUUCUCUCCCGCACAAGUCUUGUCCUAUUUUCUUUUGGCCCUAACAAGUUUUUCAAUAAGUAUUAUGGCCCGCCUUACAGUUUGAGUUGUGCAGGCCUGUCUUAAGCUAUUCAAAAAAAUGUUGAUUCCAAAUUUCAAGGGAAUUAUUAUUUGUCCGCUGUUAAAAAUGUUAUAGUUCUUACUUACCUUGCAGCGGAUAAGAUGCACUCUGGAAUUCUUAUUAUAGAUGGUAAAGUUAUGUAAGAAAAUUUCAGUGGCAAAGUUGUACAGUUGUAUUAAAAUUGUAUUUUAUGUUUCUCCAGAGUUCAGCUUGUUUUACAAAGAUGUGAGAAAUGUGUCCAACUAAUGAUGGCAAACAGUCGUCCAACUCUACCACUCAUCAAUACAGCCGAUCAUCCUCUCAGUAAACUGG